AUGCAUGCAUUUGCGUUAUAUGGAACUGUAGCUUAUAUUUUGAUCGAUCUUUACCGAGUUCGUGUAUCGGUUAUGAUGAAUUUGAUAAAAAAACUUUGUUCGAGGUUGGAUACCAAGGUAUGCUAUUGCCCUGUUUGCUACCAUUCAGAAAUGGAACAGCCUACUAUUCCACUUCUCAACAAUGUUGAUCUUAAUGUUGAUGAUUACACAAUCAGAGUCCGUGUUGUCCGAUUAUGGACAAGACCUGCCUUCAACAAUCCUCGAAAGAUUUACUGCUAUGACAUGAUCUUCAUGGACCAAGAGGGCACCAAAAUGCAGGCAUUUGUACUCCAAAGGAAUGCUACCGUUUAUGAGCACCUUUUGAAAGAAAAUCAGUGUUUAACUAUUCGUAACCCAUCUAUGGGUGAGAAUCGCCAGAAAGUUAAAUACGUUCAUAGUACGUUGAAGAUCAAUCUAAAUGAGAACACUGUUGUUGAGGCUUACACUGGGCAUGUUGGUUCUGAGUGGGGAUUCGAUUUCACUCCAUUUGAUUCUAUUCUGGAGGAUCCAGAUGAGGACUUCAAGUCUUUCAAAAGUCCAAUUGAUGUUAUUGGGUUUGUUGUGAAGAGCAUUCCGGCUGAGGUUAAGAGUGAUAGUAACAACGGCAAAGAGGAAAACAAAGUUACCUUUAUUCUUGAAGACCUGCAGUACGAAUAA